UUUACAAUUAAAAAAUAGAAAAUUGAUGAAACAGUUUCUCUUGUUCUGAAAGCUCUGCAUGAACUCCAUGGACGGAGCCCUCUCUUCAAUGACUGAUAAUAUCUAGGCGCAUUGCUAUUCACACUCAUUUUCUUCGUUCAAAAGGACUCCAUUACCUCACCAAGAUGAACCAACAGAUUCAAGGGGCUAAUGCUUUAUCGCCUGGGGACCUCCCCUUGAAGCGGAAACGUGGACGUCCUCGUAAGGAUGAAAGUUUGGUCAAGGGGGAGAGCGUCCAGGCAGUGGCAGGAUCAGAGAGUGUGAAGAAAAGCAGACUAAGUUUGGAUUCAGGUGAUGGGGUUGAUAAAAUGGUUGGUCAGGUGGUUUCAGGAGUGAUUGAGGGUUCAUUUGAUGAUGGAUAUCUGCUUAAUGUGAAGAUAGGUGACACUGAUACUGAGCUCAGGGGUGUUGUUUUUCUACCGGGGCAUUUCACUCCAGUUAAUCCAACAAACGAUGUGGCUCCUCUUGUUCCUAUGUACAAAAGAAAAGAGAUGCCAAUCCCAACUCCCAAUCCGCAUCCUCAGCCUUCCGGUUCUGCGCACCCAGAAAACAGCAAUAAGCAAUCUACUGAGGCGAAAGACCAAGUACCUACAUUAACAGACCAAAGCCAACCUUCUCAAUCUCAGCCUGGUGUCUUUGUGGCACUUAAGGACAAGUCUUUGAUUGAUAUUGUACCUCAGGUAGAUUGUAUUCCAAAGGAUAAUACUGAUCUUUCAUUGAGUGGAACUUUCGUUGCACCGCCCUCAAAUGAGCCUGGACUGGAUAGCCGAACCAGCGAUGUAACGGCCCCAAUGGAGUGUGAUAAAGCCGUUUACACAUUAUUUAAGAUUGAAGCCUCGAAGCUGAUGAAAGAACCCAAUGAAGUAGUCACAAAUAGAAGUUCAGAAGCAGAACAACCAUCACCUGAACCAGUUUCUGAGAGAAGACCUGAUAUUGAAACAUCCACAGUGGUGAAAGGACCUAAUGAAGUAGACACAAAAAGAAGUUCAGAAGUUGAGCCAUCACUUGCACCAGUUUCUGAGAUAUUGCCUUUAACAGAAACAUCCAUACUGGUGAAAGGACUUGACAGUGUAAAGGAAAACAAAGAAUCAAAAGAGGAACACACACCUCCACCAGCUAUUAUCUCUCAGGGCAUUGAAGUUGUUGGUGAGAAGUCUAAGGUUCAAGACCAGGUUUUGAGCUCCAGCACUAGAAAGAGUUUGAUUCAGGCCGAGAUGAAAAUUCCGAAUUUCGAACUCAACCAACCACCUCCAACUGUGCUUUCUAAGUUUGAGCUCACAACUUUUGAGACAGAGAAUAAAUCAGUCAACAAUGGCUAUGGAGAAGGUGUAGUGGAAGGGAUAGAAUCAAGUCCAACCAGAAAUCAAAUCCAACCAGAAAUGAUGUUAGAAGGAGAGACCAUUCCCAAGAUCUCAUCAGAAAAAAAGAUGUUCUUUUAGGACUGAAAUAAACCUCAGUCAUGGUGUCAUUUUGGUGGCAUUUGCAGCAUGGAAUGUGAUCACAAUGAUGCUCUUCUACUUUCACAUCAACAAUCUUAAAUCAUUUUCUUAGUGCAUUUGCAUUUUCUUUGAUGUUAUUAAGAAAUGAGGGUGGAAAAUGGAUACUAGUGAUACGUAGUCUAGUAAGGCUGAAGAAUAAGACAGAUUAUAGAUGCAUAUAUUACUUUUUUUUUAGGGACUCUUUCUGUUCACAUCUCAAGAAUGGUUUUUCAUGAUCAUCUUUUUUUUUUUUUCUUCUUUUAAGUUUUCAUCUCUCUUCUCUCUGCAUAGGGCAUUUUCUUUGUUACUCUUUAUUAAUGGCUUCCUGAAUCUCUCAGUUUCUUGUUAGUUUAUUCAAUUUCUGCUCUACUUAUUUUCUGUGAUAAUAAUAAAAUAUAUUCAAUGAAUAAAUAAAACAAAAAAUUGAUCUUUUUAAAA